CAUUUCCCAGCGCCCCACGCGGCGGCGGCCGUAAAGCGCGGCGGUCGAACGGCCGGUUCCGGCUGAAUGUCAGUGCGGGGCUGUGGGCCGGGGAGGAAGGUGGCCGGCGGUUCCUCUAUCACCUCCGCCGCCGCCGCCUCCUCCGCCUGUGCUGCCGCCGCUGGCCCUGGGCCGCUCGGCCGGUUGGGCAUGACGCCGUGAGACGAGAGACGGGUCGGGACGCCGACAUGUUUGGACGCUCGCGGAGCUGGGUGGGCGGGGGCCAUGGCAAGUCUUCCCGCAACAUCCACUCCUUGGACCACCUCAAAUAUCUGUACCAUGUUUUGACCAAAAACACCACAGUCACAGAACAGAACCGGAACCUGCUAGUGGAGACCAUCCGCUCCAUCACCGAGAUCCUCAUCUGGGGAGAUCAGAAUGACAGCUCUGUAUUUGACUUCUUCCUGGAGAAGAAUAUGUUUGUUUUCUUCUUGAACAUCCUGCGGCAAAAGUCGGGCCGUUAUGUGUGUGUUCAGCUGCUGCAGACCUUGAACAUCCUCUUUGAGAAUAUCAGUCACGAGACCUCACUUUAUUAUUUGCUCUCAAAUAACUAUGUAAAUUCUAUCAUCGUUCAUAAAUUUGACUUUUCUGAUGAGGAGAUUAUGGCCUAUUAUAUAUCGUUCCUGAAAACACUUUCGUUAAAACUCAACAACCACACUGUCCAUUUCUUUUAUAAUGAGCACACCAAUGACUUUGCCCUGUACACAGAAGCCAUCAAGUUUUUCAAUCACCCUGAGAGCAUGGUUAGAAUUGCUGUAAGAACCAUAACUUUGAAUGUCUAUAAAGUGGAUAACCAGGCCAUGCUGCACUACAUCCGGGAUAAAACUGCAGUUCCUUACUUUUCCAAUUUGGUCUGGUUCAUCGGGAGCCACGUGAUCGAACUUGAUGACUGCGUGCAGACAGAUGAGGAGCACCGGAAUCGGGGCAAACUCAGUGACCUGGUGGCAGAGCACCUAGACCACCUGCACUAUCUCAAUGACAUCCUGAUCAUCAACUGCGAGUUCCUCAACGAUGUGCUCACAGACCACCUGCUCAACAGGCUCUUCCUGCCCCUCUACGUUUACUCACUGGAGAACCAGGACAAGGGAGGAGAACGGCCGAAAAUUAGCCUGCCGGUGUCUCUCUAUCUACUGUCACAGGUCUUCUUAAUUAUACAUCAUGCACCGCUGGUGAACUCAUUAGCUGAAGUCAUUCUGAAUGGUGAUCUGUCUGAGAUGUAUGCUAAGACUGAACAGGAUGUUCAGAGAAGUUCUGCCAAGCCCAGCAUUCGAUGCUUCAUUAAACCCACCGAGACGCUUGAGCGGUCGCUUGAGAUGAACAAGCACAAGGGCAAGAGGCGUGUGCAAAAGAGACCCAACUACAAAAACGUUGGGGAAGAAGAAGAUGAGGAGAAAGGGCCCGCUGAGGAUGCCCAAGAAGACGCCGAGAAGGCUAAAGGUACAGAGGGUGGUUCAAAAGGCAUCAAGACGAGUGGGGAGAGUGAAGAGAUCGAGAUGGUGAUCAUGGAACGUAGCAAGCUCUCAGAGCUGGCCGCCAGUGCCUCCGUGCAGGAGCAGAACACCACCGACGAGGAGAAGAGUGCCGCUGCCACGUGCUCUGAGAGUGCACGGUGGAGCAGACCCUUCCUGGAUAUGGUGUACCACGCUCUGGACAGCCCGGAUGAUGAUUACCACGCCCUGUUUGUGCUCUGCCUCCUCUACGCCAUGUCUCAUAAUAAAGGCAUGGAUCCUGAGAAAUUAGAACGAAUCCAGCUCCCAGUGCCAAAUGUGGCAGAGAAGAACACCUACAACCAUCCGUUGGCUGAAAGGCUCAUCAGGAUCAUGAACAAUGCUGCCCAGCCAGAUGGGAAGAUCCGGCUGGCGACACUGGAGCUGAGCUGCCUGCUUCUGAAGCAGCAAGUCCUGACAAGUGCUGGCUGCAUCAUGAAGGAUGUACACCUGGCCUGUCUGGAGGGUGCGAGAGAAGAAAGUGUUCACCUUGUACGACAUUUUUAUAAGGGAGAAGACAUUUUUUUGGACAUGUUUGAAGAUGAGUACAGGAGCAUGACAAUGAAGCCCAUGAAUGUGGAAUAUCUCAUGAUGGAUGCCUCCAUCCUGCUGCCCCCAACAGGCACGCCGCUGACGGGCAUUGACUUUGUGAAGCGCCUGCCAUGUGGCGAUGUGGAGAAGACCCGGCGGGCCAUCCGGGUGUUCUUCAUGCUGCGUUCCCUGUCACUGCAAUUGCGAGGGGAGCCUGAGACACAGUUGCCGCUGACUCGGGAGGAGGACCUGAUCAAGACUGACGAUGUCCUGGAUCUGAAUAACAGCGACUUGAUCGCGUGCACCGUGAUCACCAAGGAUGGCGGCAUGGUCCAGCGAUUCCUGGCUGUGGAUAUUUACCAGAUGAGCUUGGUGGAGCCUGACGUGUCCAGACUUGGCUGGGGAGUGGUCAAGUUUGCAGGCCUUCUGCAGGACAUGCAAGUGACUGGAGUGGAGGAUGACAGCCGUGCACUGAACAUCACCAUCCACAAGCCUGCAUCCAGCCCCCAUUCCAAGCCCUUCCCCAUUCUCCAGGCCACCUUCAUCUUCUCUGACCAUAUCCGCUGCAUCAUCGCCAAGCAGCGCCUGGCCAAAGGCCGCAUCCAGGCAAGGCGCAUGAAGAUGCAGAGGAUAGCUGCCCUCCUGGACCUCCCAAUCCAACCCACCACUGAAGUCCUGGGGUUUGGACUCGGCUCCUCCAGCUCCACUCAGCACCUGCCUUUCCGCUUCUACGACCAGGGGCGCCGGGGCAGCAGCGACCCCACCGUGCAGCGCUCCGUGUUUGCAUCUGUGGACAAAGUGCCAGCCCUGCUGACUGCCUCAGUAGAGAGGCAGCCCAGAUGGCCACCACUGAGCUUGCUAGUGCCUUGGCUGAGAGACUGUUCUGGAACUCUUUGCUUGCUAAUGUACAGAUGGUUUUCAAAUAUAGUGCUUAAAAUCCAACAGGAUUUAUCCAUGGAUAAAGGGCUAUAGGCUAAAAGAUUCUGCAAGUUCCCAGCUAUUUUUGUAUGUUGGACAUGUUAUCCCCUGAAAAGCAACCAGAAAUAAAAAGUCUUCAAGUGUUGUGAAGUGUAGCCCAGUCAGUGAUGUGGGGGUUGCCCAUGGUGGCGGCUCAGGCUUGGCCCAGGGAGGCCACAGGAACAUCCCUUCCCCAGGUGCCUGAUGAGUAGACCUGCCCCCUGGGCUGGACAGGAAGAGGCUUCUUCAGCAUCUGCACAGGAAGAAAAUCAGAAAUCACCAUUUGGGGGCGAGUCCCUAAUUGCCCCCAAAGCAUAGAGCUUUGUGCACUGAAACAGUAAAUCAUUUGAGACUCAUUAAAGAGAUACUGACAAGGGAGUCCCUAAGCAAAUAACUGAAGCCUUCCCAAACUUCAGGGUCCUAGCAGUGAGGGAGGGAACUUCUGGAGGCCCCCAAGGGUCCUGCAGGCUCAUGGCAUCACUGCCAUCUGAACCCUGCCCACAUGUCAGUAGAUGCUUUUGUUUUUGUGUAGAUUCCUAAGAGGAGCCCCGGGCAAGGACCACAUGGCCCGUGGUGGAUGUACUGUUGUUGGACUUGAUUCUGAACGCUGCUUCUUCAGCCCCCAAAAUAUGCUCUUUGAGCAGUCCUGGGUAGUUUGGGCCCUGUGCCCUGUCUUCCUAAGGUGGCUUUCUUAGGGUGGUCCCCCACUGAGUAGCUCCUAGCCUCUGCCUGCCCUCGGGCAUUGCUGUCAUCUUGCCAGGGGGGUAGGAUCAAGAGCCGCUUCUUGAGUCAGAAGCACAAACAAGAAGGUUCUAUGUCGCUUGUGGAUCUUUCUAGUAAGCCGCAGUCUAUCCAGAGCCACCAGCUGCUGAAGUCCCAGACUUAGUCACCUCCCAGCCCCCCAUCUCUCACCCUAGGGACUUGGCAGGCUGCACUGGGAGGUGAAAGAGCAGAUCCAAGGAAGGAGCCGGCUCGGGGAGAAAUAAGGCCACGCACACUUGCUGUCUUCAGUUUGUGUGUGAGGUCACAGGGCCGAUUGAUUUUUUUUACUGUUUCCCAGCAUCAUGAUGGGUGGUGAGAAAAUAUGAACACUGCAUCGUCAGACCUGAGCCACAGCCUCGGAAUGAAUUUGCUAAUGAAAGGCGAGCUCAGGGCACCCAUGCCCCGUGGUCCUCAUUCACGGCAGAGACUGUGGAAAAUGCAUGGGUUGCUUCUCCUGAAUCAGUCCCCAGUGGGUUUUAUAUUACACUUUACAAUCUGCGACAACCAUAAAUAAGUAUAGGUUUUUGUUAGGGCAGGCAGCUCUCCUCUCCACAUCUUAGAGCUGUAUCCUAAAAGAGGUCUGUUGAAAACUGGACUUCUUUGAUGCACCUCUGAGACUUACAUGUCUUAGUCACAUACCUCAGACUCAAAAGCCACCCAUCUCCAGAGUUUGGCCAAGGUGGCUCUAAGGUGUGACAGACACCUUGGGGUUAAAAACAGAGACUGGAGGCCAGGUGCGGUGGCUCUCACCUGUAAUCCCAGCAUUUUGGGAGGCUGAGGCAGGUGGAUAUAACCUGAGAUCAGGAGUUCGAGAGCAACCUGGCCAACAUGGUGAAAUCCCGUCUCUACUAAAAAUAGAAAAAUUAGCUGGGCAUGGUUGCGCAUGCCUGAAGUUCCAGCUACUCAGGAGGCUGAGGCAGGAGAAUCACUUGAACCUGAGAGGUGGAGGUUACUGUGAGUCAAGAUCACACCAUUGCACUCCGGCCUGGGCAACAGAGCAAGACUCUGCCUCAAAAAAUAAAUAAUAAGAGGCUGGAGACCCCUCUGGUUGCAUACAAACGGCUCACACAUACAGAUGGCUUGGUUUGGGGUUACCCACUUCUUAAUUUUCAAAAAGUAUGAAUGAAGAUGUCAACAUUUUCCAAAUCAGGAAGUGUACGUCAAAAUCCAGAUAUCCAGCUUCUCUUGAAGAACUGGAGACUGUGGCCAUGCUGAGGUCCGUGUUCUCACACAGCAGCAGUAGUCAGGAAAAGCUGGGAUCUGUGCCUUCUGGUUUUCCCCAGUCUCCACCAGUCCUGGCCGUCUCCCUGGUACAGAAGCUGAAUGUCCCGUGAACUGUGUUUAUGAGCAUGCCUGCAUUGUUGUUUUAAUAGAAGAGAAUGGUUUCUCAGUGUGCAUGUGUCUAUUAAAUAAGGGGAAACAGAUGACAGACAGAGAGGACCACUGGCGUUUUACCUCUGGCCCCUCCUCAUUACAUUACCCGGCUGGCUAGCCUUGCCCUGUCUGUGAUUUUCAAAAGUAGGAUCCACAGAAGUGUCUAGAAAGGGGAGGGGAAGCCCCUCCUUGGUAAGGCUUCGUGCCAGCCCCAGGCAAUUCCGUUUUCAUCUCAUGUAUAAAUUGGAGUUUCACUAUUUAGAAACAGUGUUUGAAAAGGGCUGUCAUAGGGCAUUAUCUUUGCAGAAUGAGGUUCCAUCUGCAUUCAGGAAGCUGUAUAUUCCAUGAAGCUACUUUCAAAGACAUGCCCCAAGAGGGUUCAUGGGACAGAAACCUGGCAGGUGAAUUGGUGUGUGGUGUAGGUCACCUGGUACAGUUUUCCCUUGUGGUCUUGGCUCCUAGGAAGCUCAGAGUUGAAUGGUAACAUUAACUUCACAUAGCUUGAAGGCUUUCUGAUGUAACUUUUCACCUUUUAUUUUUGGGCUCUUAUCAUUUACUUUUUGUUUUAUUGGCUUUCGGUAUUUACUAUCUAUGGCAUUCAGGUUUGGGUUUUAAAAUGUAACAUAAGCCAUCUCAAACCCUUCUUGGAAACAAGCAGUAUAUAAGUGCAUCUGUAGGGGAUGAGGCAGCAGGGUGAGGUUAAUGCUUUUGAGUAGAGUGGAGAAUCCCCAAAUUGAAUUCAAAGCCAACUGGGUUCCUUCCCUUUCAGCUCCCUAAAAGGUCCCUGUGGAAUCCCCUAUAAGCUCAGGUAGUUUUCACAUCUUCCAAGGGUGGAUUUGUUUUUUGAGCCUGAAAUAGUUGCACUUCAGUCACAUGGCCAGUAUCCUCAGAGUAAUCAUCACAUGCAAUGCAGCACCAACUCCAGGCAGGCCACAGAGGCAGAAGGGCCUCCCCGCUCCCUUGGAGAUUCAGAAAACUUUUGGUGCAAGCCCGCUAGUUUUUGCGCCUGCACACAUCAAAGCCCUUCCCACCCUUUAGUCUCUCUUGGGCCUCGCUCUUUCUGGGUCUUUUUUUAUUUUUUUAUUUUUUGAGAUGAAGUUUCACUCUGUUGCCAGGCUAGAGUGCAGUGGUAUGAUCUUGGCUCACUGCAACCUCCACCUUAUGGGUUCAAGCAGUUCUCCUGCCUCAGCCUCCCAAGUAGCUGGGAUUACAGGCGCACACAUCCACGCCUAGCUGAGUUUUUGUAUUUUAGUAGAGACCAGGUUUCACCAUGUUGGCCAGAAUGGUCAAGAUUUUCUGACCUCAUGAUCUGCCCACCUUGGCCUCCCAAAGUGCUGGGAUUAUAGGCAUGAGGCACAGUGCCCAGCCUCUUUCUGGGUCUUAACCAUUGUGUUUAAUUUCUGUGGCUUGGUGUGAACCCAGACAAAAACUCUGCCCCAUCUUUGCUUUCUACCCAGAAAGUCCGCUUGCAACACAUGGGAAAGAGUUGGCCAAGUGUUUCCUAAAGAUUUGAGGGGUCAUGGGGUGGGUCACCUCCCACCUCACUUGCCACUUUCCCUCUUUAUCUUCAGCCCACCACACCCAGAUUGGGGCAGGUUUCUGUGCACCAGAAACCCUGGGAGCCAGCCAGUCCCUUGUCCCUAGGGGACUUAACUCACAUCCUGCAUUAAGAAAGUUUUUUCCCUAACUGUAUCAGUUAAGAUUAAGUUCAACUACAUAGUAAAGAUAAAGUCAAAAGGGAAGUUCAUUUCCCUGUCAAAUAAAAGAAGCCUUGUAGUCAAGAGCUAACACAAAGGCAUCAGGGACCCAGACUCCUUCCUGUUCAAUGCUCUACUGUCCCUAAUGUGUGAUUCAUCCUCAUAGCUCAGGGUAGCAGCUGGAGUUCCAGCCAUCGCUUCCAUUUUCCGGGAAGCAGAAUGGAGGAGGAUAUACCCACUUUUCUUUUAGAGAGCCUUCCAGGAAAUCCCACAUGCCACAUUCAUUUCUGUCUCACUGGUCACCACUUAGUCACUUGGUCACGCCUACCUUCUGGGUUCUGUAACUGCAGCUGAAAGGGAGAAUGAGUGUUGAAAGACAGCUAACAAUGUUAAGAACACUGCCCAAAAUCCUCUUCUUUUUGCUUUUUUUAAAAGCCUUCCCAAUAAAGUGAACAAAACUCUCUUAACCCAGAAAAUUCCAGGUGCUAGCUGUUAAUGUAAUGAUAAUCAUCACUAAAUAUCUAAACAUCUUUAAGGUCCAAUUUCUUAUGCCUUACUAGGGUAAGCCAACUCCUACACAACCGUCAAAGCCCCAAGGCUGGGCAGAGCUGCUACAGGAGCACAGGGAGAGAACAGUUAACCCCACCUGAUGCAAAGACCCCUACCAGGCUGGUGCUGAGCUGUGUGAGCCAUGAAGAAUGGGGCAGGGAUUUGUAAAGACAGAAAAGAAGCAAGAGAGAACAGCCUAGCAGAGGUUGAAAGCAAGUGGUUCUUGCUAGGAAGUCUGAGGACUGACCUAGGUUGCUGGAGGCAGAUCACCGUAUUUCCACAUCCCCACUCCCCCUACACACACCCAGUGAUUCUGGGGCUGUAGGAGGGCCUUGACUCCAAGGGUCUCUGGGGGUUCGAACUUCCCUGAGUCGUAUGGAUCUGACCAACAAUCUAGGCAGAAAAAGCUGAGAUUAUCAAUUCAGAUGCCUGCAUGGCCAGACAAGUUGCAAGAGCAGGAAACCAGCUCUGCUUAUCUCCCUCCUGUUGCUGUCCCGGUAGGAAUGGGAGCCCAUAAAGCCAGAUCUUUUCAUCUUUUAAGAAACCAGAAAUCCUUGUCUGUGCAUAAAAUCUCCCAACGUGUCAAUGGCGAUACCUCCAGCAAGCACACACAUCAUGUAAAUAAGCAAAGCAAAGCUCGUAUGCAACCCUAGGCCACCGCUGGCCAGCUCUGAAUCUUGAAUCACAUGGUAAAGCGAUUCUUGUGGGGAAAGCUUAAAGACCCGGAGAAGAGGAGGAGGGGGUCAUGUCCAAGGUCUCAAAGUUAGUUUGGCCAGAGCUUGGACGCAAACCUGGGGUUCUGACUCCAAGCCCAGUGCUCCUUCUAUCAGUGGGCCUAAAAAUAAAAGACUGACCUUUUUGUGGUAUUUUUGGGCUUGACAAAUGCCAGAACAUUAUUCCUUAGUUCAUCUUCCCAAAAUAACUGGCUACACACAGCCAGAGGGCAACAGGAAGAUCCUGGGCUGCCCCCCAUGAAACUGGGCCCUCCUGGGAUGCAGGGGAUGUGUCUCAUCUUGGGCAUAGGUCCCCCCACUGUUGGAGCAGCCUUCCUGGCCCUGCUCUUGGUGAGUCCAGGAGAGAGAGCCUCAGAGGGCAGAACAGAUCUCAGGAUGUUAGGAUCGGGAGCUUGAGUCUGUCCAGCCCCCAGGCAGCUUGUGUUCCUUCCAUCAUCCUCCCUUUUUUUUUUUUUUUUUUGGUUUAAAAUCAGGUUUAUAAUAGGAGUCCUGGAAAAUUUAGACAAGCACAAAAAAUAACAACAAAACUCUGCCAUACAACUACCUGGUUCUCUCACUGCAUCGGCUUCAAUCCCUCCAGUCUGCUUUCUCUGCCCUGGACAAGAAAGCAUGAAUUUUUUUUACAAGAGCAGGAACAUAUGGGACAUGCUUUUUCUAACCUUUUUCAUUGACUCCAUCUCGAGUGUUUCCCCCGAUGCUUAAUCUUCUCUUACCAGCAUCUUGGUUGGCAGCAGGGAAUUUCAUCAUCUAGAUGGAUUAGAAUUCACUUAGCCUUGCCCCAGUUCUUGGACAUGUCAGCCGUCUUCUGUUCUCUGCUCUGCACACCAGUAGGUUGACUGCCCUUGUAGUUUGGUAUGUGGAUCUCCCCAGUGUCAUCUGCAGGUGUGGAAUUGGUCAGAUGGUGUGAAAGGCUGUGCAGUCGCAUAUAUACAUUUUGCAGGAUGUCCUUGAAACAUACCCAGGAAGCACCAAGAGUGUUUUCUGGAGAGGAUCUCAGGGAGGCCUGUUUGCCUGCAUCCCUGUCCCACAAUCUAUGGCUCAUCUGUGUGUUUGCACAUACCUGACAGCCCGUAUGUGUUUGAUUCAUGCACCAAAAGCCUCUGGCAACUCCACCAAAGCUAGUUCAUCAAGGACUGCCUGGCUGAGAUGAAGCAGGAACCAGAGGACAGGGUGCUCCAGCCAUGGGUGUUCAUCUUAAAUUCUCACCAGCGCCCUCCUGAUUCUCUGAUGUGCUGCCACCUAGAUUUGGGGAAAAGCCUCUUGAAACUGCAGGUGGGAGGCCUUGGGCAUCCAGCAAAAAAAAAAGAAAAAAACUCACUUUUUCUUCUUUCCCUUUCUGAUCUCAUUGCCACUGGGAAAGGGAGAGAGAGUGGAAAGGAGGGAGGUGGGAUUUUUAGUAGUAGCAGGUGAGGGAGAGAUGUGUUCAGUUACCUCUGCUCAGCUAGACCCUGCAAAUGGGUGGGAUCAGAGGUUGGUGAUACUUUUUUCUGUGCUCAGUACAUGCAGAUUUUACUGCUGAUCUGUGACUUGAUCCCAACCCAUUCCCAAAAUGAAAGAACUUAAGCAUCCUGACCAAAGUGCCAGCUUCUCAUCUGCUGCCCAACAUGUCCCACUACAGAUGAUUUUUGAUAAUAAACCAGGGUGUCUUCUUAGAAAGGGCAUGUGACCACCUUGGCAACAGCCGCGUCGUUGAUCCAUUCCAGCCAGGGUUGUUAUGGGGAGCAUACAAGGUGUAAUCCCAACUCUGUUAUGACUCUGGCUGGCCCUCUGUUCUUGGCCCUGAUAAAUAGGGAGCUCGGGAAAAGCCAUCUUGACAUUUUGAUUUAAGGGGUAAUUCAUUUUCAAGGCAAGUAAACAGCUUGUAAACUAGGGGGUUCACUGCUCUAAGUGAUUAAGAAGUGAACAGCUAUCAAACUGGUUUCAUGAGGCUGUGGCUGAGUGUCCCCAAGGAAUCUUCCUGCCCGGUGUUUGGAUUUGCCAGAUGUUUGCCAUAGGUCAUCCGAGCGGGCCCCCGACACACACACACAAUAUAUCACAUCGUACCUCUUCCUGAGAACUCCAGCUACAUUCAUCCUGCCUUUCUCUCCGCAAGCGGAUCUCUGCGGUAGGUGCGGGCAGGAAAUACCCUCCGUACAAGAGGAGCUGGUGCUCAGGAUGGCCACCUCGCUCGGUGACUAACCCUGUCCCCAGUGGGCCCCACACACUCGCCGUUAUGGUCAAUGCUUGUUACAUCAUCCCCAAAACCCAACUCGUGGUAUAAUAGGACCCCUGCCUUUUAAGGAACUGCUCUUUAGACAAUAAUGCCUUCACAUGGACCUGAGUACAAAUAUCUCCUCCUUGAUGGCCAGAAGAAGAGUCCUGCUAAGCCCUAGGCCGGAGAGUCAGAGCCGCAGGUCCCACCCCUAGGUGAAAGGAAGCAGGCUGAGGGACAUCAGGGACAUGUUCAUGGUCCCACAGCUGGUAAGUGAGCAGAGGAGGGCUAACCCCUGGUACCAGAACCUGGGCUUCAUCACCUGCACCAGAUGGGCCCACUGCUUCUGUCCAGAGCCAGGUAACAGGUAACCUGGCAAAAAAAAAACACAAAAACUUUUAUUGAUUUAUUUUGAGAAAGAGCCUCACUCUGUUCCCCAGGCUGGAGUGCAAUGGCACGAUCUUGGCUCACUGCAACCUCUACAUCUCAGGUUCAAAUGAUUCUCCUGCCUUAACCUCCUGAGUAGCUGGGAUUACAGGUGCCCACCACUAUACCCAGCUAAUUUUUUUUUUUGUAUUUUUAGUAGAGAUGGAGAUUUACCAUGUUGGCCAGGCUGGUCUUGAACUCCUGACCUCGUGAAUCAUCCGCCUCAGCCUCCCAAAGUGCCGGGAUUACAGGCAUGAGCCACUGAGACUGGCCUAAAAAAACCUUUUAGUCUUUGCAGGCCAUGUGGUCACUAUGGCAACUGCUCAACUCUGCCACUGAUGGAGAAAGCAGCCAUAGUCCGAGUAAACAAAGGACUGUGGCUUGUUCCAGUAAAACUUCACUUAUCAAACAGGCAGCAGGCUGUAGGAAAACCCUGCCAGCACCCUGUUGCCUCUCUGAGUUUCAAGAAAGGUGAGGUCAGGGCCUGAAGGGCCUUCUGGAAGUAGUGUCAGUGGAGAGCUGGACCAUGCGAGGUUCAAGCAGAGCAGGUGGUAUGAAUGAGGUCCGGGGCUGGCUGUCGUGAAUGCAUUUGCUUGAGGAGUGGCAAGGCCUGGGGUAAUGACCAAGAGGGUUGAGAUUCCCUCUCUCAUCUGGAAGGACUCGCCCACCCCCCGCAUAUCUCCACCUCAAUUUGGGGCUGUUUCUGUACUACGAAAACCAUCACCACGGGUCCUGCCCAGCUCCUAAGGACUGAAGUCGUGGCUUGCAGAAAACCACGUAUCCACUGGAAGAGGGGCCCCUGGCCCGGAUAAAAGGGAUUUUGACUUAUCAUAAAGAACACAUAAGGCCAGGUGUGGUCGCUCACACCUGUAAUCCCAGAACUUUGGGAGGCCAAGGCAGGAGGAUCACUUGAGUCCAGGAGUUCAAAACCAGCCUGGGCAAUGUAGUGGGACCCCCAUCUCUACAAAAAAAAUAAAAAUUAGCCGGGCAUGGUGGCACAUUCCUGUAGUCCCAGCUACUCAGGAGGCUGAGGCGGGAAGAUCACUUGAGCCUGGGAGCUCAAGGUUAUGGCGAGCUGAGAUCACACCACUGCACUCCGGGCUGGGCAAGAAUGAAACCCUAUCUCAGAAAAACAUAAAGAACAAACAGGUGUACUGAGCUCUCACCAUGUGCCACACCCUGUGCUGGGGCUUGACAAAAGUUACCUCAUUUUAUCCCCACAAUAGUGGGGUCAUCAGAGUAGGUAGUGAUACCUCCUGGUUGUAGCUGUUAGAGACUCAAGAGAAACACAAUAGCUGUCCAUGUGUCUGGUGCUUCAUGCGGGAAGCAGGGUUGCGCCUAGGUCUGAGUGUCUCCAAGAUGAGGAGACAUCCCCGCUGGGUCAGUUUACCAUGGAAAGGUGCGGCAGAGCCCACCUCCAGGUCCCAGAGUUGCUGAGGGCCAUUUGAGACCGUCAUCGCUAGCUCUUCACCAGAGCUUUCGUUGUUCCUGAACCUGGAUUUCCUAGAACCUCAAGGGCGGAGCACAUUCUCUGUAAAGAAAAUCCAGGGCACUCCCCCCCUGCCUGGACGUGACUCCAGGGCUUGAGUCAGGUGCCCUUCCUUGGGCACCAUCAGCAGGGACCCUGAGCCUCUACCGUGAGGGCAUGUGGCAUCCCUGGGUGAACUUGCCACGGUGACACAGCUGGCGAGCUGCUGAGCUAGCAUCAGACACUUGGAUUUAUGACUCAUGGCCCCACUCUCGGCUCUGUGGCUGGUUAUACUCUUUUCCUUGAAUACCCUCCAAAUGGGGCUGGGUCAGACCCACGACCAGCAAGGUCAGCCUGUUCCAGCGAACAGAGCAGGACUUCCAAGGGACUGGGGUUGCGUUGCUCAGCGGGACAUUGAGGCCCCCGGGCCUGCUCUUUGCUUCCAUU